GUUGAUCACGGUGAGUCCAGGUUCAAAAGCUACAUUUCUUUUGGAUGAGCCUUUUAGAUGACGAGUCUGAAUCUGCUGGCGUGCGGUUUCCUCACGACAGCACCCAUGACGAGUCUUUCAAAUUUUACCAUUCAUGCAUAUCUGAAAAUUUUCAUUUUUUCGUCGAGUUCCUUCGCAUAGAUUGUACUGACGAGAACCUACCACAGAUUGCAUUAUCACAAUGCCCUCUGCUGUUGAGGAUGAUUGGUCUGAUUCCGAUGAUGAGACCGGUUCGGAAGUUGAGACGGCGGUUUUGCUAGGCAUUCCCGAUGGUGUAGUGGAGACAGAGACUGAUAUCAAAGAUGCUGCGGUUUCUCGCAUUGGCGGGCUUCCUGCAAUGCUGCCUUCGAGAGAACCACCGUUCUCUUCCUCUCAAUGCAAGAUCUGCUCGUACCCCAUGGAAUUACUUGUACAAGUCUGGUGCCCAGUCGAGGACAGCCCUAUGGAUAGAGCAUUGUACAUCUGGGGAUGUUCCCGGAGUGCAUGUCAACGGAAAGAUGGGAGCGUUCGUGCUUGGCGUGCUCUGAGAUACAACGUAGAGUAUGCAUCAAAGCUUGCAAAAAAAUUGGCGAAGAGACAAGCGCAACAGAAGGCUUCUUCACCUGUGAAGACUGCACCUACAACUAAUCCGUUUUCAAUGCAGGCGGGAUUUACUCCUGGUCCUUUUGGAUUGGGUGAUCAGGUGUUCGGACAGCCAGCUCCCACAGUCGCUGCCGCGAUUGAAGACGAGCAAGAGGACACAAGUGACACGGAAAGUUCCACGUCCGAAUCUUCUGAACAUUCAUUGAUUACUGCGAUGGCAUCCACAACGGUUGAUGAUUCACCUUGGCGAGCUGCUCCAUCAUUUCCUCCUUUGUACCUCUCAACGACAUCUGAAUAUUUGCCUCCUCCACCCAAGACUAAAAUCCCUCAGAGUGCCCGCAUAGAAGAUCCUGCAGAUGAUGAUUCUAAAGGCGGAAAGGACGUGAGCUGGGCGUUCGAACCAUAUGAGAACUCCUUGGAGGUGGAUGGUGUAUUUGAUCGGUUCACGAAGCGGGUGGGCCAUACGGGAGAGCAAUGUCUCAGAUAUGAACUGAAAGGGAUCCCUCUGCCUUUUUCUUCGGAUAAAGUAUUCGACAGAUUAUUCCCUGUCCCUGCUCAGGACCCUCUCCCGGUGACAAAGGCCGCUUUCAAGGUCGUCCCUGCCGUUAGACGGUCUUACAGUACCGCUUCAAUUCCUCCGUGUCCGGCAUGCAAGGAAGCACGCGUCUUCGAAUGUCAACUUAUGCCCAACCUGAUCAACGUCCUCAAGGUCUCGAUCAAAGAUGAGAAGUUGACAGAUGAACAAAGGAUGAAGGCGGUGCAGGAAGUCUUGCAGAAAAAAGCAGCAUCUGGUAUGGAAUGGGGUACUUGCAUGAUAUUUUCGUGUUCAAAGGACUGUUGCGUUGAUGAUGAGAGGGAGUGUUGGAGAGAAGAGUUUGUUCUGGUUCAGUGGGAUGAUUGAAGUUGUUGUGUAAGAUUACCUUAGAUUUGAUCCUGCUUGUCGGGUCGUUGAGAACCAUAAUUGAAUCUGUGAUGGGAAUA